UGAGAGGGGAAUUAUCCCCUAAUCUAAUAAAUAAGAGCAAUUUUGCCACGUAUCAUUCAAUUAAUCCCUUCUGAUCAAUUUAUCCCGCUCAAAAUAACAAAUAACAAAGUGAAUUUCCAUAAAUACCCUUCUGCUUCAGCUUAUGGAAUUCCUUGCUACGACAAUCAGUUCCAAAUUGACGUUUGAAGUUUGAAUUGGUAUAGCAAAUUAUCGGCAAUCAGUUCCAAAUUUAUAGCAAGAAAUUAGGAAUUCCAUAGCAAGAAAUCAUAUCCAAACUUAAUCACGAUGAAGGUGGAUUCUCUCUUAAACCCUAAUCCUCUUCCCUCACCAUCAAUGGUGGAUUAUCUCUUAAACCCUAAUCCUCUUCCCCUCUCCAUCAAUGGUUCUUUGCAAGAAACGGCAUUCGAAACGCUACAUCCAGGUAAUAAGCCUAUGAUUUUGGAUUUAAACUAAGCUACAAUCAAUUUGGGUGUAAUUUCUUUUUUGUAAUUGGUUUUGGGGUCGCGAUUGAGUUUUUUCGAUCGAUAUUUUGUUUAUGUUCCCAACGGAGACCCUUUUUUGAAUUUUUUUUCAUACACGAAUUUACCACAUAUCUGUUUAUGUUCCCAAACGCCAUCGAGGAAAUCAGAAUAUCGAUCGAAAAAAUGCAGUUAGUCGAGCAAUUGGUACUCGAUCUCAGUACUCCAUCAAAGUCACCACCUGCCACCACCUUCGUCACAACCACCAUCCACAAGUUAAGGGUUAAUAUAUCAAAGCUGUUGCUUAUCCAGAUAGACCCUUGAUGAAAACAGGGAGAUUUCUUUGACAUAAAACACCAAGGUUUUGGGCUUUGUUUCAUCAAUUUCUUUUAAUAAUGAAGCCUAUGAGUUUUUUUGUUGUUGUGUUUUCUCAAAUCUCUUGAUAUUGGGUGCAUUGCCAAGAGAAGGAUGGUGUGAAGGAUUUAGAAGUUCUUGAUAAAUGGCUGUUAACCUGAUGAAAAUACAUGAAAAACAAUUGUUAUUUCCAAAGAAUUUUCCAGUGCUAUGUUUGAUAUCUCCAUUUGUAGAGAGUCAUUCGUGAUGCAUCAAGUUCCAACCUCAGGGUCCCCAUGUUCAUCCUCAAUGCAGUAUAUAAUUAUUGACCGAUACUUGUUAUCCUUGGAUAACAGGGUGACUCUGAGAGAUGUACUGACGAUAUUGGUGAAGAUUAUAAGAGGAGACGAAAACGUUGUUGGGAAAGAAAGAAAGGCUCACCACUACCACCACACUCCUCCAUACUCUCUCAUCCCAAACGUCACGAACCACCUUAUCCUAAAUUACUCACCACAGUCCUCCAUCUUCACUAGCCUCUCCUUCAUCUUUUCCGGUGGCCAACCUCCACCUCCGACGUUGCUUAAUUGUUGGAAGAAGUUACCUUGCUGCUCGCUAAUUCCACUUGCCACUAAAAGCGACGAAGAUCCUAUGUCUUCGUUUUCCUCUAGAUCUGCGAUUCCACUCAUCAAACAAUGA